AUGGAUUGCUUUAUGCAGCAGAUGUGCGACGCCCUUCAUGACGGGUCUCUGGGCAUCGAUCUAAACAUUGAUCUUGGGCAAGUGAAUAGUGUUGAGUCCACCGUCCCGUAUUCAGGUUACCCUGCAGAUGUCGCGAUGGAAAGGCCAGCUGAGGAUGGAGCCUAUCAUGAUGCAGGUUUCGAGGAGAGGGGGUGUGCUCCUGUACCAAGCUUCUCGAAACCCGAUGCUGGCUUAUUAGCUGACAUGCUGGCUGAGCAGACUACCAGAGGAACCGAGAGAUCUGAUCCCCUUCAUCUUGCCUGA